AUGACCAUUGCGCUCUAUACAUGGAGCAUCCGGCUGCGCGCGGCACACAAGUGCGCGUGCGAGACGGGCAUGAUCUCGUCACCCGCGCAAAAGGCCGUCGAGUACGAGACGCUGACCAUAACGCACAACCUCGACAACUCAACCAGCAAGUACCGAGGCGAGCCCAGCCCCACGAUAGACGCAGCUUGGGACGAACUCCUCCAAUACAACAACAUCCGCGUCUCCUCCGCCGAGCUUCUCGUCGCCAACCUCACCUCGGUGGCCCUCCACGACACCCCCUCCGGCGACAGCCACCUCGUGACGCUCGACGUCUACCACACGCUGCACUGCGUCAACCGCGCGCGCAAGGCCCUCUACCCGGCGUACUACACGAGCCCUAACCGGCCCGAGGUGGACCGCGCACACGUCGAGCACUGCCUGGACCUGCUGCGGCAGGUGCUCAUGUGCCACGGCGACGUGGCGCUGCACACGUACCAGUGGCGCGACGACGUGCGCGUGCCGUGGCCGACGUUUGCGACGACGCACCAGUGCACGAGGUGGGACCGCAUCGUGGACUGGUCGCGCGGGAGGAGCGUCGAGUCGCUCGAGGGGAGCAUCCUGCAGCAUCCGACGCUAGGGGUGUCGUAUCCGGUGGACGAGAAGCGGCGUGCACAAGGGAAUGAAGAGUGA